UUGCAGGUCACGUCUCAAGAAUCUGAAGCCAAACCACUGACCUUCACAUUUGUGCCAUCCAUUGGACAACUUCCAACUCACUUUGAGGUUGUAGAUGUCUGUAAGUUCCUUGUGACAAUUCCAGAGGAGCCAAAAGAUCUGAGCAAUCAAGAAAUUAUAAAUAAGGCUAAGGUAGUCUCUGAUGAGCUGUCCUUAAACAGUGUAGUCCAGCAAGACUGUGGUGUGCCUGCCAUCUCUCCAAACAGCACCCAAACUGUUCUCCAGUCCCUGGUAUCUUACUCAAGCAAAGGAGAAAUGCAGGAGAAUGAUCUUUUUAAGGCUGAGUUUAUCCUGAUUACGGACUCCGGCGACGAGGAUGAAGCAGGCGCUGCCUCUAUCAAUGCCCAGAGGCCCUCCAAUGGCUAUGGGCCCAUCAGUGCUCAACUGCUGGCUACGUCCCACAUCUCUCCUGGCAUGGAGUCAAGGAAGCCUCCCAGCGAUGGGCAUCUUCCAAGUGCUACACUUUCUCACAGCACUGCUGAUCAGCAAAACCAGCAGUUAAUUUCUACUCUUUCCACCUCUGAUCAUCUUUCCUCUAAAUCACCUGCUGUCCACUUAAUUUCUCCAACUAAUCUGAAAGUAGCGUGUGGUGCCAUGGUUAACCUGAAUCAAGCCUCUUCGCUGGAAGACUCCCGUAACAACUGGCAGUCAGCAACUGGGUCUUCUAAGCAAGAUUCAUCUCUCUACUUUCAGUCUGCUUUCCACAGUUCAGCCCCCUCCAUGUCUAAAUUAUCCUGCUCUGCAUCAAAUUGUUGUUACUCCAACCCUCAACUGUAUGAUAACAUACAAACACCAAAUGUCCAUAUCCCUGACUGUGUUUGCAAGAUGGGAAACUUCCCUAGAUCUUCUGUUCCAGGAAAGAGUCUGUGUGUUUCCCCCAGUCCUCCGCAUUCAGCUGAAAUUCAAGUAUCAUCAGGCCAGCCUUCAUUUUCCUGUUCUUCCAAAAGACUGAAUGCUUUAUCUCCUCUCCCUGUACAUAUAAUCACACAUUCAUUAUCUCCUAGCCCUAAACCUUUGUCUCCACCCUCUCUUUAUGGCUCAUCUUCGACUAUAUGUAGUAUAAAUGAGCCUUGUACACAAACAUCAUCUAAAGGAAAUUUAACAAGGUCAGGAAUUAAAUCCCCUCUGCCGACCAGACUCACUCUCUUGACUGCCAUUUUGAGAUCAGGUUCUUCUCAGCGGAGACCUCUUUCUCCUGCUUCUUGUCCCACGUUUUCUCCUUCCUCCCUUUGUUCCUCAACACUUGCAAUAGAUCAAAAGUUCAAAACAACUCCCCCAACCCCCAGAAAAUCUGUUUCAAGCCCUCCUAUUAGACCAGAUUCUCCCAGCAAAGAGGGAUAUUGGUCUUCAGGAUGGGCUCAGAACAUGCCUUUACACUCCAAGCCUCAUCCUGCUCCUCGUGCGAGGUCUCUUUCUCCUAAAAAGUGCCUUCCAGGCCAAACACUCUCUCCAGACUCCCGAAGUCCCCUGUCAUCCCCCAUCCCUUCCCACAGGAAAUCAGCUGCCUCCACAGGCUGGCAUGCUACACUGCCUGCUCCAGUAGUGCCACCACAUACCCCAGCAUACCAUUCCCUUGCACAUCCAGCCUCUCCUCCCCCUGAAGGCUUAUGUUAUCCUGCCUCCAGGUCCCAGGCACCUCAGAAAUCUCAGAGGGUGCACACUUACUCGCCCAUCUUUACCUGUCAGUCAUUUCGUUUGCUUUCUUCUACCAGAAAUAGUGGCAAAGUCUUCCCCACCACAGAAAAGCAGUCAUCUCUCUCCCAAGGUCUUUUGAAUUCAGCUUCUACAUUGAGCUCUGAUUCAUACCAAAAUUAUACUCAGGAGCUGAGUGCUUCCUCUCCUGCCCCUUCAAAUCUCUCAAAUCAGUGGUCUCUCUCGCGUCCUGAUUCUACUUCACCGGUUCCCCAAACUCAUAAUAUUAGUUCGCACUCACCACGGCUUCACUCUUCAUUGAUGCACAAAAACUAUAGGUCUAACUGCCUCUCUCCAAGACCUCAGCAAUCUGCCACCUCACCGGUAUUAAAGUGUAGAUCUCCUGUCUCAGACAAGUCACCAUGCACACUGCCAUCAAGACCCCAAGAGCUGACUUCACCACAAUCUUUUUCCCCGCCUCCUGACCAUGAAAACAUCAAACCCAAGCAAUACAAGAUCAAGACAAGCUACAAGGCAUUUGCAGCAAUCCCUACAAACACAUUACUUAUGGAACAGAAGGUUAGUGUUUGCUCAAGGGCACGGGAAUUGCAUUUCAUAUAUUAGAACAUUCAGCUUUUG